GAAGAUGAGAGGCUGGGGCUUUUCUCUACAGUGCGCCCCUGUGUCCUGACUGUUUUGCGCUCAAGGUGGAGUUUUCUGCCACAUCACAUCAUAUUGCUGCCGCCACAGCGCGCACUGCUCAGGCGGUUGUCCUGAAAAGAGCAAGCUGUCAGCAGCAGGAAGCGGCUCAACAACAACAACGGAAGCGAGCGCGUUUUUUUUCUCGCAUUUCGGGACAAUUUUCACUCCUGCUCUGAGUAGAAGAGGUGGCGAGGAACAUGCGUUCAACGCGCAGGUGAAAAACAAGUCUGCUAAUUUAAGUUCUUCGCUGCAGCAACUUUUAAGCCACUCAGAAGAUUAUUUUUUUCUUGUUUGCUUUUGAAAUCUUUGAGAAAUGUCUCGUAAGAAGGCUGCCAAAGGCAAAGCCGCGAGCAGCAGUCCGUCUGCGGGCAGCCCCACCGGGAAGGGGACCGCCGGGAAAGCUGCGAGGAGCAGCCCAGGCAUCGUUCAGAUGAACGGCGUGGUCCAUCCCAGCAGACCCUCCAUCAGCAACAGCAGCGAGUUUUAUGACAUCGCUUUCAAGGUGAUGCUGGUGGGAGACUCAGGUGUGGGGAAGACGUGUCUUCUGGUCCGUUUUAAAGACGGUGCUUUCCUGGCCGGCAGCUUCAUCUCCACUGUGGGCAUCGACUUCAGGAAUAAAGUCCUGAGCAUUGAUGGAGUCAAGGUGAAGCUCCAGAUCUGGGAUACAGCUGGACAGGAGCGGUUCCGCAGUGUCACUCAUGCCUACUACCGUGACGCCCAUGCUCUGCUUCUGCUGUAUGACGUCACAAACAAGUCAUCCUUUGACAACAUACAGGCAUGGCUGACUGAGAUCCAUGAGUACGCCCAACAGGAUGUGGUGCUGAUGCUGCUGGGGAACAAGGCUGAUGCCACUCACGAGAGGGUGGUGAAAAGAGAAGAUGGUGAGAGACUUGCAAAGGAGUUCGGAGUUCCCUUCAUGGAGACCAGCGCCAGGUCGGGUCUCAAUGUAGAGCUGGCCUUCACUGCUGUGGCUAAAGAGCUGAAGCACCGGUCUGCGAAGGAUCCCAGUGACAAGUUUAAGCUCCAGGAGUACGUAAACAAGGAGAUGAAAACCACAAGCUGCUGCAGGUCUUAAAGACUGCCCCAGUCAUUACCUGGAUCUGAGAGAUUAUAUGUCUGUGAGUGUGGAUCACAUUCAUACUGUUGGUGUUCAUAUUUAAACCUGAUCAGAGAUGAGGAGUCAGCUCCAGCGAGGUACCUUUUUGUCCUUCUGUUUCUUCACUCACAAACCUCCCUGUCUUAGUCCACAUGACCUUCAUCUGUCGUACUGCGCACACACUGCCCUACACUAUUUUUGUAAGUCCUGCUUUUUGUCCUCCACUUCCCUCUGCAGAUGUGCAUGUAGUCCCAGGUUAUGGUUUGCAAAAAACAAAGUUAGACGCUACACACCUCAGUAUUUAAAGGGUAACUGUUUUUUUUUUUUUUUUAACUUGACCCUCUUUUCUCAAUGUUUUUGUAUCUAGGUGACAACCAUUAAUGAAGCAGGUCCAGUAUUAAGCAAGACUGCUGCAGUCAAAACAGGGUGCAAUGUAAACACUCUAGGCCUGUUCGCACUGUUAACUAAGGUCUUCUAAAAAUGCUUGUUUUUGCAUAGAUUUCAGUUUUAAGUGUUUUACAACAGUUGAGAGGGGCAGCCUAACUGAUAUGGCAUUUUUGUAAAGAGUAAGAUCCUUUUGUUUCACCAGAAACAGCCCCAAAAUCACCAUUAACAAAGCCACCAGACGCUGUUGAAAUGAACAGGAAUUUUAACAUUUUAAAACACACUUCAUUUAAAGUUGACUCACACAAAACAAAUCUCACAAAAGCUAUCCUGGUUAUCUUCUCGCUUUUCCAAAACAAAAAAUAACUCUGGUUUGGUUGAAGAAAACCCUGAAUUCACCUGGUUAGAUGUAAAAACAUACUGGCUCCAUACACAAUAAAAGUACGGUUCAUUUAUAUGGAGUCUGGUGGGUUUGGCGAUGCCGAUUUCUGGGCCGUUGCGCUUAAAUAAAAAGAAUCUUACUCUAACUCUGACACUGAGAAUAACUUGUGCCUCUCAGCAAAAGAUUUUUAGUGGAUGUAAUGUGAUGGUGCGAAAAUGCCCCAGGUGGUCACAUUGCAGCCUGUUUCACCAUUACAGCCCCUUGUACUAAUAGUGGACAAUACUGUCAAAAAUUGUUGUUGCUAUUAGUAACUUAGACACAAAAAUGUGAAACAUGUGGUCCAGGUUGAAAAUUUUGGAAUUUACCCUUUCACCUUUUUUCUUUGACUGUUGCUGCAUGAUAUUUUAACUAAAGACACCUACCUUUGCAUUACAUUGUGUUAUUUAAUUGUGCAAGGAGUUUAUGGUCUUCUUGUAAAGCCAUAUACAGUAUUUUUCACAUCAAUCAAUCACAUCAUUUAAAAUGUCAACAUUUUGGUUUAAUGUUAUCUUGCUCAGCGUUUGGAUGAAUGUUCAUUUAAUAGACAUAUAGUGACGUGAGUUCUGUGUUCAUGUCAGUAAUUCCAACAGGCUCUUUUGAGCCACUUUAGCUCACCAGCAUAAAAUUAAUCCAAGCAUUUCCAUGAUUCAGCUGUGGAUAUUUGGGAAUAUGUCUUACAUCUAGUAGUUGAUGUUGCCAUUUUGUAUACAAUUAAAUGAAAUAAAUAAUAGCAUUAUUAGCCACAAUCAGUUCUUCUUGUAGUAGACUUGAACUCCUUAGAUCAAAAAUUAAGUAUACAGUAGUUUAAAAAAGACCUGCAGAAACAUGGCAUUGCAUGGGUUAGAACCUAAAACAUUUUGGGGAGUUUUCCAGUAUUAAAGGAUCAUUGUUGAAUCUUGGAAAGCUCUAAUGCAACCUCUUUCUUAAUAUAUGUAUAUUAUUUUGAAAUUGUUAUUUAAAACAUGUUGUAAAUACUUACAUUUUUUUUCUGCAUGAAAAAAAAGUUUUGAUUUAGGAGGAUAGCAGCACUUUAGAUGGUAAAUAAGCGUACGAGUAGAAUUUUCGGGGGUUAUUGGGCGAGUUAAGAUCUACAGUAUAUUCACAAUGUUACUUAAAGUAUUGUAUAUGACACACCGAUGUGUAUAUUUGUCAUAUUUUUAAUGUUUCAUUUGUAGUCAGAUGUGCAAACAUUCUUGAGCUGCAUUUAUUUUCCAUUCAUAAAUAUAUAAAUGGGUAUAUAGUGCCAUGUUUUCUUAAGCAUUUGACAAGUAAGUUUCUUAUAAUCAGUUGACAAUAUUUAACUUGGUCUUCAUAAAAGAGGGCCUCUUUUUUAUAAGUUGCUUUGGUCAAUGUCAUCAUAGUCAUAGAAACUGGUUCUCUGUACAGUGUUUACUGUACAUUUAAAUGUUUUUCCAAUCUUGAUAGAGUAAUGUAUUAGCUUUUUGUUUUUACUACUUUUCAAUGUGCAACUUCUGUCUUGUAACUGAAAGUGAACAACAAUAAAAACAGA